GGACCUGUACAAGGAGGCCAUGAUGGAGGAGCACCAGCCUCUUAUAUCACAAGAAAAUCCCAGUAAGAAUACUGAAAAUGUCAUGGUACCACUAGACAAUGAAAAUAUCAUGCAGCGCUCAUCAGGGGAUAACUUCAUGAUCCUUAAUGUACAUCCAGGACUUCACAGUACAUCCUAUAAUCCUUCUAAUCAUGAGGAACCUUCUCCUGACCGAUCACAGAUUGUUACAAGUGCUGGUCAGAAAGGGGGUGAAAGAUUUCAGCGUGGUAAAGAGUUGACAGAAAACUUAGGUCUUUCUACACACAAAAUAAUUAACACACAAGAGAAUCCAUACUCCUGCUCAGAAUGUGGGAAAUGUUUCAUUAGUAAAGCAAAACUUGGUUAUCAUGAGAGAAUUCACACAGGGGAGAAACCAUAUUCAUGUUCAGAAUGUGGGAAGUGCUUCAUAGAUAAAUCGAGUCUUGUUAGACAUGAGAGAUGUCACACAGGAGUGAAACCAUAUUCAUGUUCAGAAUGUGGGAAAUGUUUUACAUGGAACUCAACUCUUGUUGCACAUGAGAGACGUCACAGAGGAGAGAAGCCGUAUUCAUGUUCAGAAUGUGGGAAAUGUUUUACACGAAAAUCAGAUCUUGUUACACACGAGAGAAGUCACACAGGAGAGAAGCCGUAUUCAUGUUCAGAAUGUGGAAAAUGUUUUACUCAGAAACCAAGUCUUGUUGCACAUCAGAAACGUCACACAGGAGAGAAACCAUAUUCAUGUUCAGUAUGUGGGAAAUGUUUUACACAUAAAUCAGAUCUUGUUACACAUGAGAAACGUCAUACAGGAGUGAAACCAUAUUUAUGUUCAAUAUGUGGAAAGUGUUUUACUCAUAAAUCAAGUUUUGUUGCACAUGAGAGAAUUCACACUGGAGAGCAGCCAUAUGCAUGUUCAGAAUGUGGGAAAUGUUUUACACAAAAGUCUGAUCGUGUUACACAUCAAAGAAUUCACACAGGAGAAAAGCCAUAUUCAUGUUCAGAAUGUGGGAAAUGUUUUACACGGAAAUCAAAUCUUGUUGCACAUCAGAAAUUUCACAAAGGAGAGAAGCCAUAUUCUUGCUUACAUUGUGAGAAGAGGUUUACAUAUAAAUCAAAUUUUGUUAAACAUGAGAGAACUCACACAGGAGAGAAGCCGUACUCAUGUUCAGAAUGUGGGAAAUGUUUUACAGAGAAGUCAAAACUUGUUAGACAUGAGAAAAGUCACACAUGAGAGAAACUAUUUCCCCAUAUUUAGCAUAUGUCGUUAUUAGUGGAUCUCAAACAGCCAAUAGGACGGUUUCGUUUUGAUGAAAUAUUCCCGCCUCCCUUGUUUACUUCCAGAGCAGUGAAGAUGAAUUGUCCCCAUGAACCUUACUUAUCACUGUAUUCACACCUCCUCCCACACUGCGGUAGAGUCCAGAGUGACAUGGGGAGGAGUAACGACGCUCCAUGUAAUGGUUUUAUAAUGUAUGCGGACAUAUUAAUGUUUUAUCUUUAUUCAAACAGUAUCACUGACAGACAUUGGGCCAGAUUUAUCAUGACUCUGACAGCUCACUCUACUUUCAUAUAUGGCUAAAGUCAGUUUUAGCCAAGUCAGAUUUAUGAUCGGCCCUUUAAGACUGUAAUAAAUGUGG